CUCGGUGGUCCGUUCUCCUCCUUCGUCUCGGUCUGUCUCUCUCUUCUUCCUAGGAUAUAUAACUCUCUAUCAUCUUUUAUAUACUCUCGCCAAAACUUCAAGCUUCCCCGGCCCCAGUCCCUUAAUCGCCCACUCGGCACUUCACUUUGCACUCCAGACUCGACACCCACUCCACCGAACAGCUUAUCGCUCUUGAGAGAGAGAUUGACGUGUCCUUUCCCCCUUCCAUUGUCGGCCCAGCGCGCCUUCGCAACUGCACCAGUUGUAUUCUGUGACCACCUUCACUCUCGCCUUCUUCUCGCGUACCAUCGCUCGCAUCUAAACCAACAUGGCCACUGCGAACGCUCCCAACCCUCGCGCAUCUCUCCUCGCUGGCCUCCGCACGGGAGGUGUGCGCUCUGCCUCGGCGAACGCACCCCAUACUGCCGCGCCUGGCGCUUCCUCCUUCAACAUACCCCGCAUUGUUACUCCUCAGAACGAGGGUCUCUACCAGGAGGAAGAAGACGAGCUCUCUAACAUGAUGGCGCAGAACCUGUACAUCAGGAACAAUGCCGCCCGCGUUCACCAGCACCCGAUGACCGCUGCUGUUGACGGUGCCACCAAUCGGUUCUCCCAGCAGCAGGGGACGGGUAUGAUGAGCCCCGGGAUGAACUUCCCCAUGACCCCGGCCGCGGCCCAAACUCAACUGCAGGCCCUGCAGUUGCAGAUGAUGCAGAUGGAGAUUGCUCGUUUGCAGGCUCAGCAGUACCAGGCUGAGCUUCUUGCGCAAGCCCAGGCUCAGGCUCAGCGCCAGCAUCAAGCACAGCAACCUAUGAGGCGCGCAGCGUCCGCGUUCGUUCCACCGGCUACCGCCGGCCCUGCUCAGGGCUCUUUCAACCUGCGCGCCGGUGCAAUGGACUCGCAGAUGCGGCGUCCAAAUCAGGCCGACCAACUUCGUUCCAGACUAGGCGUAGGCUCUGACGACCAGAUGCCCAUGACGGCGGCCUUGGGAGGCAAGUUCGGCAGUCGCACCACAUCUGGACGUUACGAUUCCGAGGAGGAUGAUUUUUCCAGCGUCAAGCCCCCCUCCACUCCGAACUUCACCACUGUCAUAAGCGGGGGCACGUCCCUUGGCACGCCCGUCACCGGUUCCCUCAACACGGCGACUCCCUCGAAGUCGGAUGCUGCUGUGUCCUGGCGUCGCAGCGGUACCAACAACUCGGUUUUGAGCGGUAACCGUGCGGCUUCCUCGCCUCAGGUCAGAAUUACCCCACCCCCCGUCGAAACCGGCUUUGGAAUGCGGACUCGUCCUGUCGCCCUGCAGCUCGCGGCGUCCCAGCCAUUCCCUGGCACCGUGAUCAUUGACACCUCUGAUGGUACCGACGCCGACGAUUCGUCGUCCGUAUCAUCGAAGUCCAACUCCUCCCCGAGUACCCCUCACACGGCCUCAUCUACCGAUGCCCCUCCCUUGUCCCCUCGUGAGGAUGCUGUCAAGAAGCUCUACGAGGGUCUCGGCAUCGGUCGUCCCAUCCCGACCAUCACUGUCGCAGAGCCGCAAGACACCCCAAUCCAGGCACCCAAGGUGAUGUGCAUCCCCGUCCGGCAGCCGCGCGGUCCGCCGUCGAACAACGACGAGCUCAAGCCAAAGAACUUCGCCACCCGGAGCAGGCGCAAGGCCCUCGACGCCCUCAUGGGCGCGCGCGAGAGACGCGAGCUGGUUGAAGCCUUCUGAUCCUCCGCCACUAGCUGGCGCUCAGGUGUACGAUUAGUCUCGACGACGAAUACCAGCCU